AUGGCAGCAAUUCCCGAAAACGUCGCUAAAUAUUUGACACCAGGCAGCACAGAUCUUAAUGCCGCCGACGAUAGAAAUGAGACACCACUCUCAAGAGCUGUCGUUGCCAAAGAUGUUGAAGCAGUUAAAUAUCUCGUUGCAAAUAAGGUAGACGUUAACAAAUGUGUUAAGAAGGGUGAAGUAACACCUGUCUUACUUGCUGCACGCUCUCAAUCCCUCGAAAUUGUCAAAUUAUUGGUCGACGCCGGUGUCGAUGUCAAUAAGAAAACAAAGAGAGGCGAGAGCCCACUUCACGCUGCAGCUAAGGUUGGCCCAGUCAGUGUAAUUCAAUAUCUUCUCGAACACAAGGCAGAUGUUAAUGCACAUAACGAUAGUUUUUGGACACCAAUCUCCAUUGCUUCUAAAUUCUUGGAUGUAGAAGCAAUCAAGGUUUUCUUAGCCAAUGGUGCCGAUGCAAAACUCAAGGAUAUGAAAGAGAACUCAUGCAUUUUCUUGGCCGCAUCAAAGGGCAAAUACGACAUCAUGAAGUAUUUAAUCGAUCAAGGUCUCGAAGUUAACUACAAGAAGGCUAACCUCGAUGGCCAGACACUCCUUCACCUUGCUGCUGAAGGUGGUAACACACAAUGUGUUGAACUUUGCCUUGCUAAUGGCUCAGAUCUCACAAAGAAGGAUAUGUUCAACAACACACCACUUGAUAACGCUUGCUGGGCUGGAGAUCUCAACAUGAUCAAGUUCCUUGUCGGAAAAGGUGCCAAACCAAUCUCCGCUAACAAGUCCAAGAACACAAUCUUAAACCUCUACUUAAUGUCCGAGAAGGAACCAACAGUUGAAGGCAUCAAGUACAUCAUUGGACUUGGUGUUAACGUCAACGAACCAAAUAUCCAUGGAAAUACUGCUCUUAGCAUUGCUACAAGCAAGGACUGGAAGGAAGCAGAAAAAUACCUUAAAUCUAUCAAUGCCAAGGCCGGUACGCCACUUUAA